GGCCUCCUCCCUGGCAGGUGUUUUGACUCCCGGCCAAUGUGCAGGUGGCCUUCUGGCUGAGACUCUCAACCUAACCCACAUCAUUAAUAUUAACAUAUCAAUAUAUAAAAGCUGCCAGCAUUGCCCCCACAUCCCGUUUUGUUUUUCCCAAUGCACCCUCGUCCCAAAGCAACGGCCUCAGGUGGUCACACUUGAUCGCAUCUUAACGCCACUUCAUCUUGUGACAGUCAACAGCAUCGGCUGGAGAAUCCCAACCCAGGUGUCCAUUAUGUCCAAUUCCAUCGGAAGUUUAGCGGAAAUUACAGUUUACGGAUCCCGCAUCGGAAUGCCAGAGGACUCCCUAACCGUCUUGGAACAAAACAGGGAUUCCGGAGAAGAGUGGGACCUGGUGGAGGCCAAGACGAACAGCCUGCCGGGCCUCUACCUGCCCUGCUUUGACAUGCUAGCCACGGAGGACGCCGCUUGGCUCGUCAAGGUGUCUGAGGCCUCCCCAAACGGGACUCGCAUGGAUGCGCAGCGAGAUGAGCCGGAGCAAUGCCCCGUCAUCGACAGCCAGGGGCAGGGACUCUCCCCGGGGAUGGACGGCGCUGAGGACGAGCGCUCUCUGGAGCAAGUGCAGAGCAUGGUGGUGGGCGAGGUGCUCAAGGACAUCGAGACGGCCUGCAAACUGCUCAACAUCACGCCAGACCCGAUGGAGUGGAACGUUGGUAACGUUCAGAAGUGGCUACUGUGGACGGAGCACCUGUACCGGCUUCCUCACGCGGGGAGGACCUUCCAGGAGCUGACAGGAAAGGACCUGUGCGCCAUGAGCGAGGAAGAUUUCCGCCAGCGCUCGCCGCAGUGCGGGGACACGUUGCACGCGCACCUGGACAUAUGGAAGUCGACCGCCUGGAUGAAAGAGAGGUGCACAGUUGGAGACAACAAAAGUCCAGGUCCCGAGGAGCUUUGGUCCGAGGCAGAUUCUUCCUGUUCGGGUCAACCAAUCCACUUGUGGCAAUUCCUUCGGGAACUUCUGCUCAAACCUCACAACUACGGACGCUGCAUCCGCUGGCUCAACAAAGACAAAGGUAUUUUUAAGAUCGAGGAUUCGGCCCACGUGGCUCGGCUGUGGGGCCUGAGGAAGAACCGGCCGGCCAUGAACUACGACAAGCUGAGCCGUUCCAUCCGGCAGUACUACAAGAAGGGCAUUAUCCGCAAACCGGACGUCUCUCAGAGGCUGGUGUACCAGUUUGUGCACCCCGUGUGAUGCAAAAAGCACAAAACACUCCACGCGUGUCAGGCAAGACACAUCCGGCAAACAAUCAGGACUGUCUAAUACAGCAACCUGCAAGUCAAUAUUGCCUUAAGCACAAACUGCCUGUUUAUUUUUGCCUUUGUUUUUAUUUGCUGAGUGAUUUUCAGUAUGGUAGUGCAUUGGAUAGUGGGUCGCACCUCUGCCUCACAGUUCUGAGAUUCUGGAUUCGAAUCUCAGCGAAGGCUUUUCUUCCCCACACCCAAAAAACGCUUAGCAGGUUGUGGGCGCUUAACAUUGAGAGUCAAAGAACUCCAAGAGAAACAACAUUUUCAAAUCUUGUUAUUCAUUCCUGUGAUCAAAAUGGGGGGAAAAGAAACAUAUAAAAAUAUGCCAGUGUAGAAAUUGUGUAUAUAUGUGCAAUGUCGUUUCUCGACUAAUACGAGUGCCACAACUAAUAAAGUCACUUCAGGUGAUUGAUUGUAUGACUUUCUAUUGGUAAUUAAAUAUUUUUUCAAUGAA